AUGAAGUUCACAAAAGAGAUGAUAGAGUCUAUCAAAGACAAGCUCCCAAGGCUCAGCCUUCUCCUCCUCUUUCUCCGACAAUGCUACGGUGGUUGCGGCGACCGGACCCACUUACUCCCUUGCUCCAUCACCAAUGGCUCCACCCGCUUCUGGAACCUCUCGGACCGUCCCGUGGAGCUCCAGAUUCGAGUCGGGUCGAUCCUAAAAAGGGUCCACAUUCUCAAACCCGGCCGUUCCAAGAAGCUAAGACACAGUAACAUCCACAGAGCCUUUGUGCCUGACCAAGAAGGACGCAGAUGGUUGUACUACGACGACACAUGUCUACCGUACGUAUGGGUUCACGAGACCGGUACGGACUUGUCAAAGAUGGUGAAGCAACAGUACGUGAGUCUCGAGGAUCUGAGGGAUUGCUCGGAGAUUAGGGUUUUUAAGGAUUUACAUAGAGGUUGUGUAUCUGUGGAGAAGAGAGACAGAGCCUCUGCUUUGUGUUGA